AUGGGGGAAAAUGUUUCAGCUAUUCUACAAAAGAAGUUGCCUCCUAAAUGCAAAGACCCUGGUAUGUUUACUAUCCCUUGCAAAAUUGGCAAUGUUAAUGUUGAAAGAAAUUUGUUAGAUCUAGGAGCUUCAAUUAAUGUGAUGCCUUUAUCUAUUUAUUCAUCUUUGAAUAUUGGUUCUUUAAAAGAAACUGAUGUAAUUGUUCAACUUGCUGAUAGAUCUAAUGUUUAUCCUGUGGGGGUUUUAGAAGAUGUUUUAGUGCAAGUUGAUGGGUUGAUUUUUCCUGUUGAUUUUUAUGUGUUAGAUAUGGAAGAAGAUAAUUCUACUUAUUCUUCAUUAAUCUUAUUAGGAAGGCCAUUUUUGAAAACAUCUAGAACUAAAAUUGAUGUGCAUGAUGGUACACUCACAAUGGAAUUUGAUGGUGAACUCAUUAAGUUUAACAUUUAUAAUGCUAUGAAAUAUCCUGAUGAUGUGUCGUCUGUUUCUCUAGUAGAUGUUGUUGACCCUUUUGUGCAGAAAAUUUCUUAUUUGACUGAUAAUAAUGCCUUAGAGGUUGCACUAAACAUGAAUCUUACCCCUGAUUGGUUGAAGAAAAUCAUGAAUAAGUUUUCUUUGAAUUUUGAUUUGCAAGAUAUUGUACAUGAGUUGGAGUCACUUAAGCCAAUGAAAUAUAAUGCUUAUUGUAUUGAGUUGCCUAUAUCUGACACAAAACUCCUUCCUUCUGUUGUUCAAGCUCCAAAGAUAGAAUUGAAACCAUUGCCAUAUCAUUUAAAGUAUGCAUUCUUAGGGGAUGAAGAGACUCUUCCCGUGCUAAUCUCCAAAAAACUAUCUACAUUGGAAGAAGAAAGUAUUGGUCCGAGUGCUUAG